CCCGACAGCUCGGAGGAGGCGGAGGAUGACAUGUGGAGGGCUCGCGAGGAUGCCCGCUGCAUCUGGGAGCGGGCGGUGCCAGUCUGGGAUCUGCUUGAUGCAGCUGAGACCAACGAAACCAAGGCCAUGUUCGGUAUCAACCGGGUGACAGAUGCCACUCUGAAACGCUUUGGGGUGCGUUAUCUGAGGACUGCAAAGUCCCUUGUCUUCCCCUGGUUCAGCCCCCGCGAUGCCACUCUGAAGGGCAUGAAGCUCUUGAGAGUGGAGAAGAAGGGGGAUACGAUAGCUUACGUGGAAGAGACUUUACCCCGCUUCGAUUCCUAUCACAAUCUCUUUGGUCUGCCCCUGAUCAGCCGCCGAGACACAGAGCUGGUCUUAACUGGGUGGGAGCUGGAUGCCCUGGCCCUGCACCAAGCCACAGGGGUGGCCAGCCUGGCCCUGCCACGGGGGUCCACCUUCUUACCCCCUGCCCUCCUCCCCUACCUGGAGCAGUUCAAGCGCAUCACGCUGUGGCUGGGUGAGGACCUGCGCUCCUGGGAAGCUGCCAAGCUCUUUGCCCGCAAGCUGAGCCUCAAGCGCUGCUCUUUGGUGCGCCCUGGCAACCUGCAGCCCCGGCCCUUGGAGGCUCUGAACCAGGGCCUGAACCUCACCAAGAUCCUGCGUGCUGCCCUGCCAGCCAGCCACAAAUCCAUUGUGUCCUUCCGGCAGCUGCGUGAAGAGGUGUUUGGGGAGCUGGUCAACAGCGAGCAGGUGGCUGGUAUCAAGUGGGCGCGCUUCCCUGAGCUCAACAAGCUCCUCAAAGGGCACCGCAGAGGGGAGCUCACUGUCUUCACAGGCCCGACGGGCAGUGGGAAGACGACCUUUAUCAGUGAGUACGCACUGGACCUGUGCAUGCAGGGGGUAUGCACGCUGUGGGGCAGCUUUGAGAUCAGCAACAUCCGCCUGGCCAAGAUCAUGCUGACACAGUUUGCCACCCAGCGCCUGGACGACAAGCUGGAGCUGUAUGAUGAGUGGGCCGAUCGCUUUGAGGACCUCCCGCUCUACUUCAUGACUUUCCAUGGCCAGCAGAACAUCAAGGCUGUGAUUGACACCAUGCAACAUGCUGUCUACAUGUACGACAUCACUCACGUGGUCGUCGACAACCUCCAGUUCAUGAUGGGACAUGAGCACCUCUCUGUGGACAGGCUUGCUGCGCAGGACUACAUCAUUGGUGCCUUCCGCAAGUUCGCCACAGACAAUACCUGUCACAUCACACUGGUCAUCCAUCCCCGCAAGGAGGAUGACGAGAAGGAGCUGCAGACAGCUUCCAUCUUUGGCUCUGCCAAGGCCAGCCAGGAGGCCGACAACGUCCUCAUCCUGCAGGACCGUAAGCUGGUGACGGGGCCAGGGAAGCGCUACCUGCAGGUGUCCAAGAACCGCUUUGAUGGGGACGUGGGUGUCUUCCCCCUGGAGUUCAGCAAGGCCUCGCUCACCUUCUCCAGCAAAACCAAGGCCAAGCUCAAGAAGAUGAAGGAGGAGAAGGCGCCAUUAGCUGCAAAGGCGUCUGUAGCUAAGAAAGCUCCAGAGGGAAGCUCGGGGGCCUCCAAGAAGCUGUGA